AUGGAUUCUGAGAACUGGGUUUCUGUUACAGUUGGGAGCCGGGUUGGAGAAGUGAAGAGGCUCACCAAAGAGACCAAUGUUUCUGUGAAAAUUAACUUGGAUGGUACUGGGGUUGCUGACUCGUCCACGGGAAUCCCAUUUCUCGAUCACAUGUUAGAUCAACUUGCGUCGCAUGGGCUGUUUGAUGUACAUGUGAGGGCAACUGGUGACAUUCAUAUUGAUGACCAUCACACCAAUGAAGAUGUUGCUCUUGCUAUUGGAUCGGAUUUUGAGAGCUAUCAGCAAAGAGAGCUAGGGAAUUGGUCAGGCAAAAGAGUGUCUUGA